AGGCGAAAUAUGCGGCCAGUUCAGAACAAAACACCAUCGAGAGUUGUGACAGUUCUCCAGCAGGAAAAAUCGAAGUGUUUUUAGUGGCGAAUUAUCGCACAACACGCGUUUGAUUUGCAUUAAAAUCGCACUCGAAGUGUUCAAGUGACUAUUUUAAAUACGCAUGAUUUCAAAAGUGGUUUUAGCGGCGACUACAUGUGGUAAUUUUUUUAAAUGGUGUGACCGCUCCGCAUGGCCUGCCUUAGCAGUAAACGCACUCUGAUAUGUGAAUCCAACGGCAGCUUCGAGCAGGACGCCUGCAGGGUCGCGAAAUCAGCAGGAAAACGCAGAACCUUCUUGGAACGGUUGGCUGUCAGCAGGAGGCGGUUGCCAUCAGCAGGACGUCGCGAAGCCACAAAAAAUGGUGAAAACUUUUCAGGCCUAUUUGCCGCCUCAAUGCCAUCGGACCUACUCCUGCAUACACUGCCGCGCUCAUCUCGCCAAUCACGACGAGCUCAUUUCCAAGGUAACGUGAUUUGCAGGAUUUUGGAGAAAAAAAAUCGGCCCGCAAAUAACAAAUCAUUCCAAGGCAGUCAAGGCCGAGCAUAUUUAUUCAAUUCAGUGGUAAACGUAGGUUGCGGGCCUGCCGAGGAGCGGGUUCUACUCACAGGCCUUCACGCUGUUGCCGAUAUUUACUGCGAAUGUUGUAAAACAACGUUGGGCUGGAAAUAUGAACACGCGUUCGAAUCCAGCCAAAAAUACAAAGAGGGAAAAUUUAUAAUCGAACUAGCUCAUAUGAUUAAAGAAAACGGGUGGGACUGACAGUUUUAAGACGUUUUAAAUAAAAAAACGAAAAUUUUAUUAAGUGUUGAACGCGUUUCAGUGACAUUUUUUCGUGGUUUUGAAUGUUUUCGAGACGCAAGUGGAGCUUCGUAGGACUACUGUACGUAAUUUCUCACAAAAAUACGUCUUAAAUAACGAAAAAAGCAUUUAAACAAAGUCGCUCACAAAAUGACGUUUUUAUAGAUUUUAGUCAUUCCGUUUUUGAACUAGCGUAAAGAAAAACAAUAAAUUAUGGUUAUUUUUGGAAAAAACGUAAAAAAUACGGCAAACCAAAUUUUUUUUCGUCAAAAUCGCUCCACUAAUAACAAAGUUAGAAAUAUGGCAACAUCGCAUUUUUUAACUUCUUCAUUUUUCGUCCGAUUGACAAAAUUUUGACAUUUUUUGAGAGAACGCCCCUUCAAUUUAAUUAAAAUCGCUCGAAAAAAAAAGGUUGCGAUGUUGCCGGUUUUCGCAUUUCCUCGCGCGAGCUCAUUGAACCCCGUACAAUGAUUGGACCAAUACGAAUUGAUUUCCCGCUCAAAUUUCGUUCUCAAAGGCGUAUUUUUGCCCUUGAACUUCUCUUCUUUCUCUCACAUUUUUACCGAUAAUUUUUUCGAUAUAAAAAAUGUUGAAAGCUAAUCUGUGGUAGAUGAACUGUGACUGUGUUAAUGAAUCUGUGGUAAUGAAUGAUGAAUAUUUUGUAAAAAUGACUAAAAAAAACAAGAUCCCUAUGCACGUGUACCUUGAUUUUAAUUAUUUUAUUUUUUGGUCGAUUUGGCAACACUGUAAGGUUGCCAAGGGCUAAAAGUUAACAUAAAUAUAAUUAGGUUUGUGUAUAAGGGCAUAUUUAUUUUAAAAAAUGACAAAAAUUAUUUUCAUACACUUAAAUUUUGAUCAUUAGAUGAUUUUUUUUUGGGAAAAUAGUACUAGUUUUUUAAUUUUUUGUCAAAUGUACAUAUCAUGCAAAAAAAUCGAAUUGGUGUCAUUUUUCAAAAUAUGUUAAAUUUCAUGAAAAAUUUUCAUGAGAAAUCGGCAAUUUUAGGAAUUUAACUAACCUUACAUAUACUUCGUGUAAAAUGGUUUUCAUUGUGUGGUUUUUUUAUUAUUUUUUAUAUGCGGCAAAAUUUUUAUUUUUUUUAUUUCACUAGGUAUAUAAUAUAUUCUGUUUUAAGAAUAUAAAGGAUCUCAUUUCGAACUUGAAAUUUUAUAUUGGAAUUUUUGUGAUUUUUUGUGAUAUAUUUUCUGCGAAUUAAAAAAAUAACAUUAUUAUUCAUUUUAAAUGAACCUUGUUAGUAAAAAUAGCUUUAAUUAUAAUACUAGUGUUAUUUUUUUAAUUUUCAACCCUUUUCUUUAUUUUUACCCUUAAAAUGAAAACCACUAGGUUAAGAUCACGCGAUAAAUCAUAAAAAUCAUCAACGUGUUAAAACUUUAAACCAAAAAUCCCUAGUGAUAAAAUCUAGGGACUUUUGCUUUAAAAUUUACAACCAUAAUACUGCCAGUAGCGUAGAGGUGUCAUAUAUUAUCAUUCAUAUUAAUAUUUUUUAUUGAUUUUAACUAUUAAG